AGCAACUCUUUCAAAAGACACGAGGAAAAGUAUAUCAACUUUUGCAAAUAUCAUUAGCAAAACACAUUCCACAUUUGUUAAUCUACGCACAAGGUCUUACUUUAGUCACAUGGACGAGAUGAUGAACAAUAUGGGCCUGAUUUAGUCAUUUUGUUUGAAAAUGUUAAUUUGAAUAAUUUCUGAGUUGCAAUUUAGUCAAAAUCACAUUUUUUUUACACCAAUCACAUGGAGUUAAAAUGUAGGUUUUUGACUUGUAGGGAGUGAAUUUAAACAUUAAAAUAAACUAACCAAAAUGAAUUUUGAGGAAAUUGGUAAUCUAUUGGUAAUAAUAGAGUAUUAUACCAUAAUGAACUACACCAGCGAGGUGCGAGUCAGAGGCAGCGAAUGCACGUGAGCCUCGCGUGUCUAACGACAACCCUAAGCCCUCCGCACUCCGCCUCUGUUCCCGUUGCGCAAGCAUUGUGAACCUCAAUGCCCAAUAUAAAAAGUUUACUUGCUGAGUUGAAGUUGAGCGUACACUGGUCGUUGUAGCCACAAACAUCAUGGAUAAUACAACAUUUCGAAGUUUUCUUCAAGUUCUUCCCCCCAUUGAAUUUGCCUGCGUCUAUGGAUCAUCUCUUCAUCCAUCCAACAACGAUAAGACAACCAUGACAGAUUAUAUUCUUGGUGUAUGUGACCCAAAGCAGUGGCAUUCUGAGAAUCUGAAAUUGAACAAGCAUCACUAUGCGUCAUGGAUGGUUAACCUUGGUGGGGAGAGGCUGAUUACCGGAGUUGCUGAUAAAGUUGGUGUGGGAGUGCAUUUCAACCCUUUUGUUACUUGGAAUGGAAAGCUGUUCAAGUAUGGGGUUGUUCGAAUGCAUGACUUACUUCAAGAUGUACAGUAUUGGGAGAAAUUCUACUUGUGUGGUCGGUUACAAAAACCAGUUCAUAUUGUUGUUGAUAAUUUAGAUGUUAACAGCACCAACUCUGUUAACUUGAGAGCUGCAGUGUCAGCUGCUCUUCUUCUGCUUCCAUCAGAAUUCACAGAGGCAGAUCUAUAUGCCAAAGUAUGUAGUCUCUCAUACACAGGUGACGUGCGCAUGCUAUUUGCUGAGGAUAAAAACAAGGUGAAAAAGAUUGUCAAUGGACAGUUUGAUCUAUUCCACUCGAUGUAUAAGCCAUUUCUCGAAGAAUACGAGGCUAAGAAGUUAUUGAGGCUUUCAUCAACUGCCAAUAAUCAAAUACAUGUCUCUCAGGAUUGUGACUUAUCAGUUGUUUGCUCUCUAGUGUCUGCUCUUCCUCCAUCAAUCAGAAGCCAGAUGAGCAUCAAGGAAGGAGAGAAAACAAAAUUAAGGGAAACUGGUAUAGUCAUACAUGAUACUAAAAUCAGUACAAGAGAAGAGGCUGCAAAUUGCUUGCAGAGGAUUUUGAGGCGAAGAGUAAUGGUUUCAAGUGCACGACAAGCCAUGUCUGGCUUUCUGGCUGUUGGUGGCGUAAAUGCUAGCAGGUAUCUUGCUAAGAAAGUUAGCAAAGCUUGGAAAUCAUGGAGAUGAAUUUUGCUGUAUUCACAGUCUUAGAGAUGAGCUUUUCUUGCUUACUUUGAGUAGUUUAAAGAUAGACUGGUGACCAUUUUCUGUUUUCGUUUGCUCUCUUUCUAUCCCUCUUAUCUUGGAGGCAACCCUUUCCCUUAAUACUCCCCCCUUUCACAAUCAAAAGGGUUUUAGUGUAACUGGCUUGGCUGGCGCCAUGUCAUUAUUCUCUUUUGAGACCUGAGAUACUAGCCAACCAAUAUAGGCAUUGUGAUUGAUGUGACAAUAAAUUUUGUAGUUAAAUUUAGCUGUAUUUUUUCGGGCACAGGGAAUAUAGUUUACAGAACACCAAGUCUGAAUUCAGAUGUAUAGACUCAUUUAUUUCUUCCAA